AUGGAUUACAAAGAAGAACAAACACAAGAAUUAGAAGUUCUUGAAUCAAUCUACCCUGAUGAACUCGAUAUCAAAAAGAGUGAUUAUCCAAACAUUAAUUUCGAUGUUACGUUAAACUUAGAAUUGAGCGAUGAACCAAUGGCUGCAUCAUUAAGCAAACAACAUUCUAUGCUAAUUAAUUUCAUUUUCCCUGAGAAUUAUCCCGAUGAAGCUCCAUUGAUCAAAAUUACACCGCAAGAAAUUUCAUUGAAAGAUGAAGAUGAUGACGAAGAUGACGAAGACGAUGAUGAAGAUGAAAUAGAAUUUGAUGAUCAUGGGAAUAAGAUACUGAAAGGGCUACAAAAUUUACCAGAUAUGAUAAGUUUCAAAGAUUAUAUACCUGAAUUACAAUUGAAAUUAGAGGAACAAAUUGAGAAUGAUAUGUUAAUUGGUAUGCAAAUGUGUUUUGCUUUAAUUUCUAGUAUUAAAGAGAAUUGUGAAUCUUGGUAUUUCGAACAAUUGAGAGAAUUAGAUAGAUUACAUGAAUUAGAAGUUCAAAAACGUGAAAAAAAAGAACAAGCUAAAUUUAUUGGGACUAAAGUGACGAAGGAAUCAUAUUUAAGUUGGAGAACUAAAUUUAGAAAUGAAAUGAAUUUGGAUCAAAGAGACGAGUUAAGAAGACAACAGGCGCAUCAUGGUAGAUUGACAGGAAGACAAAUGUUUGAACAAGGUUUAGUUGAAAAUGAAAAUGAAAAUGAAAAUGAUGAAGAAGGCGAUGAAGAACCUGUUGACGAAAUUAAAGAAGGUAUUCAGAACCUUUAA